CGCGUAACUAAAACUCACUGUCAAUGGCAAAUCAUACCCAGAAGGACUCUGGCAAUCGACAGUCUACUUCUGCUAAUGAUAAGGAAUUGAAAUAUAUGGACCAGUCAUCUCAAAAGUUGUCGACACGGUUACACUCAAAUAACAACGCAAAUGACGCCCAAGUCUACAGCAAAUUCAAGGAUUUGCAUUCUAAACUAGGGAGCUUGAAACGAAAAGGCAACACUUCAAAUUCUUUAACGCAAGAGCCAACAGGAAGUAAGGAUUCUGCUUCCAAAAAUAAGGCAUCUAGCAAUCCGAUAACCUGCAAUCCAACAACGUUGGAAACGGCGAGUGCUAUUAUCAUUGAACCCAUGUCUAAAUUUCGGAUAAGCGAGCGCAUCUUGAAAGCACAAGAAGUGAAAAAGCGGCUAAUGGCACAAACCUUUGUGCCAAUUCAGUCCGUAGAGCAACAUGUGGCAAAAUUACAACAAUCAACCGCCGCCUACUUUCCUACUCUACUCGAGCAACCUACUGAAAUGAGAAAAUUUGAUCCAAAUCAAUUAAAGAAUUGGGCCACAGUUGGAGUGCUCGCAGCCGACCCGCUAGAACGAACAUCAGCGAAGAACACCAAAUACAGCUUACUGAAAAUUACAAAUUUAAUAGAUGUUCAGUUCAAUGUUCUACUCUUUGGUAAAACACACGAAACAUGGGCAACACGCCUUCGUCGAGGAAUGAUAGUUGGCAUCCAACAGCCAAAGAUUUUAAGGCCUACAGAGACCGACACAAUUACCGGCUUACAUGUAGAUCAGGUCAACAAUAUUUUCAUUAUCGGCUGGAGCAAAGAUUGUGGAGAAUGUGAAGCAUAUUUACGCAAUGGAUCUCAAUGCUCUACUAUCAUUGACAGACGAAAUGGCAUAUAUUGCGAAGACCAUAUUAGGAAUGCGUUUAAGCGCUCCAAAAAUUCAAGAAUGGAGCUAGUUUCUGGCAACAUUACGAUGGCAAUUUGCAGUGCUACAGAAGCUCAAGAUGUUCAAGGCCGACAUGUAUAUAAAGUUAAAGAUGAAAUUCCAGCUCAGGCACGGAGAGCCUAUACUCACAGUAGAGCAGCAAAUGAUAAUGCUGCAUAUGUUCUGGAUGGGCGAGGAGUUGUGACCAACGGAAAAUCAGUCAACGAUCUAUUGUCAGCAAACAACAGUAAAGAGAAUAAGAAGGAAUUGGCGUAAGUAUCUGCCCUAAAUCGAAUAUUC